AUGGGAAGCGGCUCGUUAACGCUGGUCCCAAUAAGGGCCAUCAGGUUGGCUCGUUGCGUGCCGAAGGAUACGUAUCCGGAUCGGGCGACAAUUAGAGGGGUCGGGCUGCCACCUGAUAAAUUUCUGGCAGCUUUUAAAGAUGCAGUGGAUCAGCUGAGCAACACUCCAUUCCUCCGUUUGACGCAAUGUUAUUCGAAAGUGAAUGAUUGUCUGAAAUCCCAUUCAAUAAAUCCACAACUCGUCCAUCAUAUUCUUCAAUCUACCCUGCCGUCAACCUCUGAACGUCGUCGUCUCGUCCAUUAU